UACUCCAUAUUCCCGGAAACCAUAACAACGUUUUGCUCCACAUUUACAGUUUCCUUUUUUAACGACUAAACGUUCAGCAUUAUACAAUAUAAAUCAUGCCAAAAGAUAAGGUUCAUAUAAAUAUUGUGGUUAUCGGGCACGUAGAUUCUGGUAAAUCUACUUCAACUGGUCAUUUGAUCUACAAAUGUGGUGGUAUUGACAAAAGAACAAUUGAAAAAUUUGAAAAAGAAGCUUCCGAAAUGGGCAAAGGCUCCUUCAAAUAUGCCUGGGUAUUGGAUAAAUUAAAAGCAGAGCGUGAAAGAGGCAUCACUAUCGAUAUUGCUUUGUGGAAAUUCGAAACUAGCAAGUAUUAUGUAACAAUUAUCGAUGCUCCUGGACAUAGGGAUUUUAUUAAAAAUAUGAUCACAGGAACAUCUCAAGCUGAUUGUGCAGUUUUGAUCGUUGCCGCAGGUGUUGGUGAGUUUGAAGCUGGUAUAUCUAAACAAGGACAAACUCGGGAACAUGCAUUGUUAGCUUACACUUUAGGUGUAAAACAAUUAAUUGUUGGUGUUAAUAAAAUGGAUUCAACGGAACCCCCAUAUUCAGCAGCUCGGUAUGAAGAAAUAGUUAAAGAAGUAAGUGCAUACAUUAAAAAAAUUGGUUACAAUCCAAAGGCAGUGGCUUUUGUUCCUAUAUCAGGAUGGCAUGGUGAUAACAUGUUAGAACCAUCUGAAAAAAUGCCAUGGUUUAAAGGGUGGACUAUUGAGAGAAAAGAAGGAACUGUUACAGGCAAAACUUUAAUUGAAGCAUUAGAUGCUAUUCAACAACCCUCACGUCCUACUGAUAAGCCUUUAAGGCUCCCACUUCAAGAUGUAUACAAAAUAGGAGGCAUUGGCACAGUUCCUGUGGGUAGAGUAGAAACUGGAAUUAUAAAGCCAGGAAUGGUUGUGACAUUUGCACCUAGUAACAUAUCUACAGAAGUUAAAUCUGUUGAAAUGCAUCAUGAAGCUCUUACAGAGGCUGGUCCAGGUGAUAAUGUAGGUUUUAAUGUAAAAAAUGUGUCGGUUAAAGAGAUAAGAAGAGGGCAUGUAUGUGGCGAUUCUAAAAAUGAUCCGCCAAGAGAAACCAAGUCAUUUUUAGCUCAAGUGAUUGUUUUGAAUCAUCCUGGUCAAAUAACUAAAGGCUACACACCUGUUUUGGAUUGUCACACAGCUCAUAUUGCUUGCAAAUUUCAAGAAAUCAAAGAAAAAAUUGAUAGAAGAAGUGGUAAAAAACUUGAAGAUAAUCCACCAAAUAUUAAAAGUGGAGAUGCAGCUAUUGUAGAGAUGAUUCCAACAAAACCCAUGUGUGUGGAAAGUUUUGCAGAUUAUCCACCAUUAGGACGUUUUGCAGUUAGAGAUAUGAGGCAGACAGUAGCUGUUGGUGUCAUUAAAGAAGUUGAAAAGGCUGAAGCAGGCACAGGAAAAGUCACUAAAGCAGCUCAAAAGGCAGGAAAAAAAUAAACUUUUAUUCACUAGAUUAUAUGGUAAAGAAUGUUUUUCAUUUUAUAUUUUUAUAAAAUAUGAUAUAUGAAUUCAUUAAUAAAAUAAUUAAAUCGGAUAAUAUAAAUAAA